AUGUCCCUCUAUGGCGCUCGCGAGAGUGGCGGUGACGAGAUGAUGACGCCAGGCAUCACCGGCAUGAGCGGCAACUACCGAAACGAGAGCAACUGUCACCGCUUCUGGAAUCGGCUCAUGACAUGCAUGCGGGAGAGCCAAGAGCUGGAUGUGCUGUACGACUGCCGCAGCCGCAUGCUAGACAUGCGAGAGUGCGUCGUGCGUCACAAGCAGUCAACGUGGGUGAUGCGCGAAACGAUGACGUCCAUCCGCCACGAGGCCGAGCUCCGCAAGUGGCUGCGUGACUAUGAUGAAAAGAUGGGGCACCCGCCGCUGCUGGAGGCGGUGGCGACAGUGCGCAAGAAGGUGGCCGCCGAAGGCGGGGUGGAUAUCAUGAACCCGACGGUCUUCAAGGACCCCGACAUGUACAUCCCACGCAGGGCGAAGGUAGCGUCUGCCGACAGGUGA